CGCCUUUUUAAAAUCCAAUGGAUUUGAAAAUAAAGGCCAUUGAGUAUUUUUCUAGUAACAAUGUCCUGAAAGAGUUGGAAAAAGUGUUACAAUCAAUGUUUCACGAAAAUGUUUUGGAUUAUGCAGGCUACUUAAGCAAUUAUUUCGAACACACCUCACAUAUCCCAAGGCUUAUAGAAAUCAAAGCAGAUAGAGAUUUCUCCAACAUUGCCAAAAUCUCGCGUGUUUUAUCCGUAUCAGUCCUAUGGCGUACCAAUACUCAGGUUAUUAAUAGAGUGAACUAUGCAUAUGGCUGCAGUCGUUGCAUUACCUCUGGAGUCGGUGUAAGUACAGUAAGCCCACUAGAAUUCUUGGCGUGCAUACAUGCAGUUGAGGAGAGACUUCGAGAAUGUCAUUGGUCAGCCGCAGAAAUGUUUGGAAUUGACAAUUACCUCAGGGAAUUUUAUAGUGAAUAUAGAAGUCAGUUACAAGAACAACGGAAUACAGAAAGUGGGACAGAAAUCGACAAAUUCAAUCCGAAUGAAGAUGCAUCAAAAUCUGUUUCCCUGCAGAAUGCAAAAAAGAAGACUACUAAGGAAAUUAUACCGCUGAUUCCGAAUCAAUUGGUUGCGUUAGCUCCGUUAUUGGCAACAGAUUUAACAUGGUUAUCAAUUAGCUUACAUUUAACUGCAGCAAAGUGUUCUCGACCUGUUAUUGAUUUUCAACAGUAUAUAAAAUCACUUUACAAAGAGGUUGUUACUUCAUCUUUGACUAGUACCAAUAAAUCAAACAUUCCACCUGUCACUACCAUUGGUCAUAAUGAUUUGCGGAUGAUAACAUGUCCAAUAAUUACAAUCCUCAAUUGUCCGGGACGUAUUGGAGGACUUCAACCUGGAAAAUGUCGAUUUUUACGAGAAAUUCUACUUAUUCCUAAACCAUAUUUAAAACCUAAAGAAUUGUUAGAUAAUUUGUUUACACUGAAAUCAAAAUUACAACAAGUAUUACUCAAUAAACCAAAUUUGUCACCACAAAUGAUAUGUGAGAAUGGUGCAGCAAGCGUAAAUAUUGAUAAACCAGAACAAGCGCUGGAUAUAAUUUUAGAAUGUUUAGAGCAGUUACAAUUGAAAGAAGAAUUUUAUCUUGGUUUAUACAUAGCACCGAAAGGAAUUUAUGAUACGGUAAAAGAACGCUAUGAGGUUAUCACAGGGACUUUAAAAUCUCCUGAAGAAAUGGUUAAUUUCUAUGCUGAUUUACUCACAAGAUAUUCACACAUACGUUUGUUAAUCGACCCACUGAGAGCGGAAGAUAUAGAAUCCUGGGAAUUAUUAAGAACACGCAUAUCAUUUCCUGUGUUGAUAUCAACGAGCACCACUAUUCAACCUUCAACUAAGGAUGUUAUGCCAAAUCGUUCAAAUUCAAUAGCAUCAAAAAGCUCUGCAACAGCACCACCGACAACAAUGACAACAGUCGCAACAUUUGAUGAACCUUUUAAAUUUAGUACACCAACAGGUUCAACUGUAUAUGAUUUGCUCAAUUCAAAGAAAAGGAUAACUGUAAAAAAACAAAUCUUGUUGAAAUAGAAGAUGGUACUAUUGAACCACUUCAGGAUGCUAUAUGUCAACCGAUAAAGACAAAAACUCCAAUAGAUAAACAAAGUAUAUGCUAUUCCUCUUGGUUGUUCACUUUUGACACGUGUCUAGAUUGUGUCUUUAUUACAGAGGUGAUUCAAGCAGUCUACACAUUACACAUACAAAAUCGUCAAGUUAUCCUAAGUUUGGAUAAUCUCUGUGUAGUUGAAGAUUGGCCAGUCGAUAUGGCUAUUGCCAUUGGCAUAAACUUUAUCAAAUUUUCUGGAUUGAAUGGAACAGAUAAAGUUGACAAAUUAAUUGCUUGGUACAAAUAUUAUCAAAAGUUAAUUGAUACAAAUUUACAAUAUGAAAAUGAAUGGAGAUUGUAUAACCCAUAUCUGUUUGAGAAUCCUUGAAAAAAAAGGAAAGAACAGUGGAUAGAGAGAGAGAGAGAGAGAGAGAGAGAGAGAGAGAGAGAAAGAAAGAUGAAGCAGUAAUUGAUUGGUUAUGUAAUCGUUUAUUCCUUCAUUAGUAUACAGGACAACUUUAAAGGCCACCGUAACAACGAUUGAAAUAACCAAUUAAGUUACUUCAUUUAGACUAGAAAGAAGUACUUUCAUAAAAUAGAAUAGUUUGAUUGGCUAUUUCAGUUAUUGCUACAGUGGCUUUUAAAGCUACUCCAGUAUACACCUUAAAAUAAAUCAUGUCCUACUACAAACAAACAACAGCAAAGUAUACAUUCGAAUAAACACUGUAAUGAAAAUAUCAGUUUUUAUGUUGU